AUGCCGCGUGUUCCACUCGUAUCCAACAAAACUUAUUCAACACCGCGGCGUCCAUAUGAAAAGGAACGUCUUGAUCAAGAACUUGAACUGAUUGCGAAGAUUCGUAAAGCUGCUCGUGAAUUGCUCACACUCGAAGAGAAAGAUCCCAAACGCUUAUUCGAAGGCAAUGCUUUACUUCGUCGUCUUGUUCGAAUUGGUGUACUCGAUGAAUCGAAAAUGAAGCUCGAUUACGUUUUGGGUUUGAAAGUCGAAGAUUUCUUGGAACGUCGUCUUCAAACUCAACUUUUACGACUUGCCCUCGCUAAAAGUAUCCAUCAUGCUCGUGUACUUAUUCGUCAACGACACAUUCGUGUCAGAAAACAAGUGGUCAAUAUUCCAUCAUUCAUUGUCCGUCUUGAUUCACAGAAACACAUCGACUUUGCACUUCGUUCACCCUUAUCCAGCGGUGGUCGUCCAGGUCGUGUUAAACGAAAAAAUAUGCGCAAAGGAGAAAAGGGUGCCGAGGAAGAAGAAGCCGAUGAAGAUUAA